CCGGAAACCUGGGGCACUAUAUUAUCAGCGACUACCAAUAAACCAGUAUGGCCCCUGUGCCAAAUUGGGCACCAGCAAUCGCCAAUUGACAUACAAACUGAACGACUGCUCUUUGAUCACACGUUGAAAACAUUCAGAAUAAUCGGGAGUGAUGAACAGUUAGAAUUCAUCGUCCAGAAUGUGGGUCAGGACCUUCAACUUUCAUUCUUGUCAAAUCAAGUCUUUCUCACCGGAGGUCCCCUGUCCUAUUAUUACCAGAUCUUUUCUGCCCGUAUCAAAUUCGGUUCAGCGUCUUCCAAAGGAUCUGAUCACAGAAUCGAUGGGCGUUCUUCACCAGGAGAGUUGCAGAUUUUUGCUUACAAUAAUGAGUUGUAUAAAAACAGCUCACAGGCUUCCAUCCAUCCUAAUGGGCUGGCGGCGGUUAGCGUUUUUUUCAAAUUGCAGAUUUUUGCUUACAAUAAUGAGUUGUAUAAAAACAGCUCACAGGCUUCCAUCCAUCCUAAUGGGCUGGCGGCGGUUAGCGUUUUUUUC